AUGGUUUUUGAAGCACAGGGGCAAGAUGAUGGAAUGGAUGAUUCAAUUGAUGACUCAUUAGAUGAAGAUGAAGAUCAAGAUCAAGAUGAUGGUGGUGAUUUAGAAGACGAUGGUGAAGGAAAUGGAAAUGGUGAUGAUGAAGGUGAAGGUGAUGAUGAUUUGGGGGAUGAAGAAGAAGAUGAUGAAGACGAAGAUGAUGAUUUGGUAAGUGACGGCCAACCAGAUGAUGAUGAUGUAGAUCUUCCGCAGUCUUCAGAUGAUGAUGAUGAUGCAAAUUUUAAAGUUGAAGAUGAUGAUGACGUUGAACCAGAGGAACAAACCACACCAGCUCCUAAAAAGCGUGGAUUAAGUCUGAAAAUCAAAUUAACAUCAACAAAAGAAGAUACACCUGGCAGAGAUGAUACAGACCUCGAAGAUACUAGACCAAGCAAGUCUAAAAAAUCCCAUACCAAAUCAACACCAUCUAAAAAUUUGUUACAACCACCUCAGUCAUCUCAAAGAGGUAGAGGAAGACCUAAAAAGGUGGUGAGCUAUGAAGAAGAUGAUAUAGAUGAUGAAUUAGAAUCUGAUAGUGAAAAUGUUAUACCAACACCCGCUUUAGAUGACGAGCUCCUUUUAACUGAUGAAGAAACAGAGUAUACACCAGAUAUAACCAAAAUGACCGAAAGACAGCGUGCCAAAUUAGAAAAUGAUAAUUUAGAUGAAGAUAAAACAGAAAACGAUAAGUUUCUAUCGUUAAGUAAUAAGGUUAGUAAAAGAAGAAUAUUGACCGAGGAGGAGAAUCAAUUAAGAAAAGCAGAAAUUGCAAGAAAGAGAAAGAACUUAACUGAACGGAAAUUAGAAGAAGAGAAACAAGAUACUAUUAACAAAUUGUUGAAGAGAAGAGCAGGUAAAGCCAGUGCAGCUCAAUUAAAAGAAGACGAGGAAGUGAAUAAUAUCAAGGAUAAGCCAAGAAGACCCCAAAUUCAACAUGAAGCAUUAUUUUCAUGGGUUUCCAAACGUGAUGGAUUACAAUUGAGAGUACCUGGGCCAUUGAUCAAUGAGGUUAAAGCUGCUAAUAAGUAG